UCGUGAUGAAACUGAUCUCAUUCUGUUCGCUUUUAUGAAAAUAAUAUUUCCUGUCGGUCCGGCUGGGGUUUUUUUCUCUCUCUCCCCCCUCCGAUCAACCCAUUGUCUCAGAUUGGAGGAUCCCAAGUUUCCGCAAACCUACAUUUCCGUUUCCCGCUGAAGCUCCCUGUUCAAGAAAAAGUCCUUACAUUUCCCUGAAAGACAAAGCCUCCCCAAAACCUUAUUUCAUUUGCACGACUCCCAUCUCCUCCUCUGCCCCUCCCCUGGUGCUGCAAUGGGAGACUCGGAGCUCCCGGAGUCAGUUCCCGCAGCCUCUGCCGGGUUGAGUGCGCUUAUCCCGGACAAAGCUUUCUUAAAGUCUCGGAAAGGUCUGUUGCUGGCAUCUGAAGUGGUGCUGUCUUUCAUCAUUUUAAUAUGUUACCUGGCAUCCCCUAUGGCUGCAUUCAUGGCUGCUCCACUCAUCGAGUUCCUGCUAUCCAUUUGUGCCUAUUACGUGUAUGUGACACAGUACAUUGACAAUUUCCCAGGUUUUCACGGCCCUUUGAUUGAUUUCCUGCGCUGUGUAACUGCUGCAGUUAUUUUCUUUGCGAUCUCGAUUUAUGCCAUUACAAAGAGUUCAGCAUCUGCAAAAACUGCUGGGGUUUUUGGUUUCGUGGCAACAGUUGUGUUUGCAUUUGAUUUCUACUACAUCUGCAACCAUUUGAUCAGUCUCAUUAACCCUCAGGAUCUCCCAACACACACUGCAACAAUCAAAAAAUCCACAGGUGAAGAAGAAAUGUCAGACUCUGAUUCAGAUUGAAAAAGAAUGUGAAGGAUUUUACUUUGUGUUUUUCUGCUGGUCACCAAACUCCUUGUGAAUCAUCUUUUUUUACAAUUAAAUUUAAAGCACUUUUGCACAGAGCUGUGUUCAUGUUAGCGAUGUAAUCCACAUAAUUCUACAUAAAAUAAGAGGUGGCGAGCAAGACAGGUGAACUUGAUACCAAAGAUUGAACCCAAAGGUAAAACACUGCAGAUGGUGGAAAUCUGAAAUAAAAACAGAAAAUGCUGGAGAAAUUCAGCAGGUCUGGCAGCAUCUAUGGAGAGAGAAACAGAGUUGAUGUCUCAUGUUGACAGGAUAGAUACAAUAAGGUUGUUUCCCCUUGUUGGAGAGUUGAGGUCCACAGGGCAUAAAGUCAGAAUAAAGGGACCACCAUUUCAGAUGGAAAGGGAAGGAAUUUAUUUUCUCUGAGAGGAGUGAAUCUGUGGAAUUCUUUACUACAGAUAGUUGCACAGAGCUGUGUUCAUGUUAGCGAUGUAAUCCAAAUAAUUCUACAUAGAAUAAGAGGCGGCUUAAAAGCUGUCGAGGUCAGGUCAUUAAGUAUAUUCAAGGCUGAGACAGACAGAUUUUUAAUCAAAAGGGAAUCAAGGGUGAUAAGGAAAGUGGAGUUGUGGAUGAUCAAACCUCACUGAAUAGCAGACCGGACUGAAUGGGCUGAAUGGCUUACUUCUGUCCCUAUGUACCAUGGUGUUAUCUUUUGUCAAAACUGAAUUGCACAAGAGCUCUCACAGGCUUUAUACAAUUAUUUAAGCAAGGUGAAGGGAAGAAUGAAAGGAAAAGAGGGUGGAAAGCAGGAGAGCCUAGUCAACAAAAGGAGGUGGAAGUGAAGCAACAAAAUAGAAAAGGUGUAAGUGGGAAAAUGAUGAAACGUGAACGGUCGCCGUCUGAAAAUAUUAUGACCUUGAAUGAUAACUCUACAUUGAGUUUGAAUGUUGUCAUGUGGGUCUUUGACUGAUUAGGUGCUAAACUUCUAUGAAACAGUGCAGGAUAACUGAGGGAGAAUGGACAGAGUGGGCAGAUGGGGAAGAGAAUUAAAAUGACAAUCCAUCAGACUUGCUGCCAUGUCCUUCCACCCCCUUUCUCCCUGCUGUGUAUUUAUUUAAAACCCAUUACAUCUCUACCUUUCAAAUAAAAGCAAAAUAUUGCGGAUGCUGGAAACCGAUCCCAAAGAUUUGUUGGAGCAGGUCAAAGUUACAGAUGUGAAACAGGAACAGAAAGUGUUAGAAAACUCAGUGGGUCUGGCAGCAUUUGUCAGAGAGAAACAGAGAUCAUGUUUUCUGUCCGAUAUGACUGUUACUCAGAGUACUGUGAAAAGGUCAUAUUGAACUCAAACCAUUAACUUCCUGUCUCUAAGAGAUGUUGCCAGACCCACUGUGUUUCUCCAGGACUGCCUGUUUCUGUUCCACAUCUCCAAUUUUGACCUGUUCAAACAAUAGGCCAUGGGGACUGUUAGCUCAGUUGGCUGGAUAGUUAGUUUAUCAGGUGGACUGAUAUCAGCAAUGUAAAUUCAAUUCCCACACUGGCUGAGAUUACUGUGAAGGACUGUCCUUCACCACCUCUCCCCUUGCCUGAGGAGUGGUGACCCUCAGGUUAAACCACCACCAGCUUUAUCUUCUCUCUAGAGAGUGUGACUACAGUAACGUUACCUUUACUGUUGAUCUUGAAACAUGAACUGUGUCACACCUGCCAAAGAUUUCCAGCGUUUUCUGUUUUUACUCUACAGUUUUAAGCAUGAGCUUCACACUAACUUGUACCAUUGAGUUGUACUCUGUGGAACAUUGCUACUCAAAGGAAAUAUAUUACAUCGCAGGCUGCUCCACUCCACUAUCCUGCAUUUCAACCUUUUCUUCAUGUUUUCUUAUUUAACUCCAUGGAACCCUUACCAGACAGGAACCGAGUUUCGCUCAUGCAUGGUAAGAGAUAAUCUUUUGAUGGUAUAGUGGUAAUGUCAAUAAACUCGUCAAGACAACUCCAGUCCCACUGACAGAUGGACCAAGGCUCAAAUCCUACUAAGACAUGAAAUCUGAUUAAUAAAUCAGGAAUUGAAAACUA